AUGCUGAGGCUCACCGAGCAGCUCUUUGUGGUCCUGUGCUUCACCCAGUUCCUCCUGGGCCUGCUGGCGAAUGGCUUCAUCUGGUGGGUGAAGGGCAGGAGCUGGCUCGCGAGCAGGGGCGGCUCCGUGUCUGACUUCCUCAUCGCCAGCCUGGGCCUCUCCAGGAUCGUGCUGCUGGGGGUGCUCCAGGUGGAUGGCGCUUUCCUGACGUUCUCUCCGAAGGAGCACGAGUCGGGGACUGUCAUGAAGGUGAUCGAUCUCGUCUGGACCUUUGCCAACCAGCUCAACGUCUGGCUUGCCACCUGCCUGGGGGUCUUCUACUGCCUGAAGAUCGCCAGUUUCUCCCACCGCACUUUCCUCUGGCUCAAGUGGAGGGUGUCCCGGGUGGUCGUGUACAUGCUGCUGGGGGCGCUGCUCCUGUCCUGCAGCAGCACUGUGUCCCUGAUCCGGGAGUUCAAGGUCCACUCUGCCUACAGUGGCAUCAACGACACCGGGGACACGGUGGAGUAUGUGAGGAAGAGAAGCCUGUACAAGAUGGUGCACGUCGUUGGGACCCUGUGGUACCUCCCCCCGCUGCUCGUGGCGCUGGCCGCCUACGUCCUGCUCAUUCUCUCGCUGGGCAGGCACUCGCGGCACAUGCAGCAGCGCGGGGCCGGCUCCAGAGACCCCAGCGCCGAGGCCCACCGCAGGGCCAUCAGGAUCAUCUUCUCCUUCUUCGUCCUCUUCCUCUUCUACUUCCUCGCAUUUUUGAUCGCGUCAUCCAGUUACUUCUUCCCGGAGACCAAGGUGGUGCUGAUGACUGGGGAGACCAUCACGAUGCUGUAUCUCACGGGCCACUCCUUUAUCCUCAUCCUGGGCAACGUCAGGCUGAGGCAGGCCUUCGUGAGGCUGCUUGGCUGUGAGACCAGGUGCCUGAAGCCGGCACCCAGGACUUCCGUCCCCCCAUAA